UUAAAUCUUGAAAUUAAUCGGAAAACAAAAAAUAAACAGAAACAAAAUCACUCCAGCUCUCUCCAGCGUCCAUUUCCAUCGAUCCCUUCUUCAAAAAUCCGGCUAGCCCAGUCAACCCUGUCCUCCUCUUCUAAUUCUGCUCUCAAAAGUCCGCCUUCCGAUUUCUUUCCUCUCCGGCGUCGCACUGUCGGCCUUCCCUGCCGAUGGCGUCGGAGAUCGAGAUUGUGGAGGAGGAGGACCGAAGGGAUGUCACCCACUCCGGCGUAGGCAGCGCUGGCGGCGUCACAUCGUCUUCAACGGCGGCUUCUACUGCUACGGAGGAGGAAGCGCUGCGAAACGAUGUCUACACGGCGGCAGCCUAUGGCGAUCUCGAGAAGCUACAGAGGCUAGUGGAGCCGAGAGCUGCUCCGUCACGGAGCCUGACGGUGGUGGGUAUUACGCUCUUCAAUGGGCUUCCCUCAAUAAUCGCACCGCUGCUGCUCAAUACAUCAUCGAGGCAUUAAAUAGACAAGGAGACAAACAAGUUAAAAAAAAUUGUGGGGAGAAAGCCUUUGCCUUAAGAUAGAUUAUUCCUUUAUUCUCCAAGUGAAUUCACAUUGAAAAUCGAGUUUCUUUUAUUCUUGUGGGAAAAAUUUGUGUUUGUAUAAGAGUUAUUUUUGUUAGGCCACAAGUUGUGACAUGAAAAUCAUAAAAAAAUAUUUUAAUUUUGAAUUGCUUCCUCACUUAUUAUGUAUGUCAUCUACGUACAUUAAUAAUAUUAUGGUUGCCCUCAGGAGCAAUGCACCAAAUAGUCUGCCAUAUAUGUCUUACUUAUCCGUUUUCAACAAUUUUUCUCCAGAAUAACAUUCUUUGAUUUAUAUGGUUAUUGUCCGUGAAUUGAAGCACCUUUAUGUAGAAAUCAAGUUGGGUUACCGAUUCAAUUAGUCAUUGGUGAAAUGUUUAUAGCAAAUUUAACCAGCUAUACUUUUUUAUGAUAUGUUUCCUACGACGUGAUAUACGAGAGAGAGGCUUAUAUACUAUAAACAUGGAGGGUGAAAUCUUUUAUGUGGUGAUAAACUUUUAUGGAGGAUGAAAGCUUUUCCAAGGAUUUAUGAGAUUAGUUUUAUUAUAUGUUUUCUACGAUAUGAUAUAUGAGAGAGGAUUACAUACCAUAAACAUGGAGGGUGAAAGUCUUUAUGCGAUGUAUAACUCAAGGAUUUAUUAGAUUAAUUUUUAAAUUAUAUAAAAGUGCAAUAGAAUUUAUUUUUGCUUA